AUGGAGCCUUCUAAACCCCAGGAAAACAAGGUAGAUUCGUGGUAUGGAGUGCUGGACCCGCGAAAAAGAAAACAGAUUCAGGAUCGACUAGCUCAAAGAGCAAGACGGAAGCGACUUUCAGAAGCUGGCAAGUUCUCUGGACAGUCUCGACGCGGGUCGGGCGAGAAAUUCUCGACUCUCCCGAACAAUGCCAUCAUGGGGGGAAAUGUCAUCGCUGAUCCUUCUGGUAUGAUCGUGGCAAAUGCCAACACGCCGUUCCCCGUCGCCUGCUCGUCAUCUGGCUCGAGUUCUGAGACGAACGCUUCUGGGACCCUUGUGCUGUCGUCCGCGCCGUCAUUGAAUCCACCCCCCCCAUGUGACCAUCGAUACCUGCCUGAUCUAAAAAUGACUGCCAUUGAGGCUCUGUGGGUUAACGGCUCCAUUUUGGGCAUACCCUGCAGCGAUGCCGGCUUCGACAAAUCCUCUCCUCAGCCUUCUACAAUACCGCAUACUCUCUGUCCAACCCCGCUCCAACUCGCGGUACCUCACUACAUCUGGAUUGAUCGAUGGCCCUUCCCAAGGAUGCGAGACAAUAUGAUUAUUCUGAGUAGUGUGAUUGAUGCCAAAGAACUCUUUUACGACUUCUUCACAAUGCAAUCAUUCAUUGUCAAAAAGGAGGAGGAUCCCUGGAAUCCUGAAGCGUGGGAGAUCAGCCAUGAAUUCAAUACGAAAUGGGGAUACCUGUUUUAUUGA